AUGCGUCCACAUGGAGACGAUGAUCAUCACCGAAGACUACCAUUCGGUAAUCGUACAUCUCAUUUUAAUGAAACUUUUCCACCACACAACAAUCACACUGAUCAUCAACAUCAUGGUUUUCAUCCACAUGGAGACGAUGAUCAUCAAAGACCACCAUUCGGUAAUCAUACAUCUCAUUUUAAUGAAACUUUUCCACCACACAACAAUCACACUGAUCACCAACAUCAUGGUUUUCAUCCACAUGGAGACGAUGAUCAUCAAAGACCACCAUUCGGUAAUCAUACAUCUCAUUUUAAUGGAACUUUUCCACCACACAACAAUCACACUGAUCAUCAACAUCGUAGUUUUCUUCCACAUGGAGACGAUGAUCAUCAAAGACUACGACUCGGUAAUCAUACAUCUCAUUUUAAUGGAACUUUUCCAUCACACAACAAUCACACUGAUCAUCAACAUGAUGAUUUUCAUCCACAUGGAGAUGGAGGUGAUGGUGGUUUUUGA